AUGAGCUCUCCGUCUCAGCCCCAGGACAUUCCUCCCGCUACUGAGCAGCCUCGCCGCCGAAGCUCCGGCUGGAUGCCCGCCUACGAGAGCCUCACCCGCAAUCGCAGCGAGGCCCAGGCCGCCGCCCGUCGCCAGAGCAUGUCUGACCAGCAGGCCAAGCUCGGCAUCUUUGGCAGCUUCUUCCACAACAACUUUGGAAGAAAUUCCAAGUAA